UCGUGCAUCAAGGGUAAUCGCUGUCGGAAAAUUGUGUCGUAAUCGGUGACCCCUGACCCCAUCGCAGUCUUCCGGCUCGGGAGCUCGAAUCCUAUUCCCGGUGUUGAACUUAACUCGGGAGCGAGUUAUUUUGUUUUUGUGCUUGAUCUCCUUUUUUCCUGUUCGAAUCCUAAGAACCAUGAUUAGAAUUAACUUCUAAUCGUAUCUCUGCAAAUCGGCCUCGGUUCUACACUUCUCCUAAUCGCGGCGAUAAGUUUAUUCAAUAGAAAGACGAAAGCACCGAACUCAAAAUGACGAGCAGCCCGCUAAUCGAGAUGUUUUUGAUGACCAUGUGCACCAACUAUCCUGUGCUCAAUGUCACCACAACUGAGCCACCACCUUGGCAAUGGGUUCCUGAGCGGAAAACUCCAAAAGAUGUUAAAUUUUUCUGCAAGUUGAAGCAAGUGCCACAACUGAGAAAGGAACUCCUUCGCGGUAAAAAACUGCGCGUGAUAACAAUUGAUCAUUGGCCCGUGAGUUGGAUCCAAGAUGUCAACGGGACAAUGAUAGGCCGAGGGAUAGCCUUCGAGAUCCUGAACACCCUGCAGGAGAAAUUCGGCUUCACUUACGAGAUCAGGCUCCCUUCGAGCAUGUCGUUACUCGACGAGAAAGGCACCAUAACCGACAUGUUGAAAAACAGGCAAGCCGACAUGGUAGCAGCCUUCGUCCCAAACCUUCCAGACUUGGAGAACGUGUUGGAGUGGGGAGCAGAGCUUUGUCAGUAUGAGUACGUGAUUUUGACCCGACGUCCAAGUGAGUCGGCCACAGGAUCAGGUCUUUUGGCGCCUUUUGCGAGAGAGGUAUGGUUUUUCAUAUUGGCUGCAGUUAUCUUCACUGGUCCAGUGAUAUGGGUAAUAAUGAAAAUCAGAGCCUGGAUGUGCGGCCCUUCUCAGGUGUUCUCACUGGCCGACUGCGUUUGGUUCGUUUACGGAGCUCUCAUGAAGCAAGGCUCAACCCUGUCUCCAAUUCACGAUUCGACGCGGGUGUUGUUCGCCGGGUGGUGGAUUUUCAUCAUGAUCCUGACGGCCUUCUACACAGCUAACUUAACCGCCUUUUUGACUCUCUCGAAGUUCACUCUGUCAAUCCACACCGUUGACGAUAUCGCUUGGUACGGCAAAUGGAUGGCUGAAAAAGGCGCUGCUGUGGAGUACUCCGUUCAGAUGGACGAUCAAUUACAAGUUCUGCGCAAAUCACUCAAUAGAGGUCGAGGCUCUUACAUUAAUCUGACAGAGAUAGAUCAAGAUCAUCUUGCUGACCUUGUCAUGGACGGGGCUUUGUUCCUGCAAGACCGGUUUUGGCUCAACUUUUUCAUGCUGAACAUGGAGAAACGCGUCCAAGAGGGUGAACAGCACUGUCAGUUCGUUUUGACGUUGGAGAAAUUUUUGACAGCAUCUCUCUCUUUUGUCUACCCCAAGAACAGCAUUCUUCCGAGAAUAUUCAAUCCUAUAAUGCUUUCGUACGUGGAGUCGGGUAUAAUCAAGCACUUGCUGACGAAAGACCUGCCUGACGCGACGAUUUGUCCACUGGAUCUGGGGAGCAUGGAAAGGAAGCUCCGGAACUCAGAUCUGUCGACGACUUACUUCGUCAUCCUGGGCGGAUUCACGAGUGCGUGUCUCGUCUUCCUCUUCGAGUUCAUCAUCCGACGCUACCACCCGGAGGAGGACGUCUUCUUGUGGCCCAACAACGACAAGGUCGGCAUCGUCGACGCCAAGCCCAAGAUGAACCCCUUCAGCCACUUCAUGAACCUCAAGGUGCAUCCUACUAAAAUUCCUGGAAUGCACACUACAAUCAAUGGACGGGAAUACAUGGUAUACAACAACAGAGAUGGACAGAGGAAGCUGAUCCCAGUAAGGACACCUUCUGCAUUGUUGUUCUACAAAUGGCAGCAGUGAAGGGAAAUUAUUUCAACAUUCGGUCUUAGAGCCUCAAGACAGAAUGGCUGAUUUUCCACAAUUUAAGAAAAUGUCAAAAUUUUGACUUUAAACUUCCUCUUCCCCGAUUUCUAUGUGUAGUCAAAAAGACGUUACUGUUGUUGCAUAUUCACAAGAUAACUUUUACCUAACAAGUUUCUUGAUCUAAGAUAUACUGCAUCAUACUUUAUUAUUAAGAAUUUUUUCCAUGUAAAAACCUGUAAUGACUGAAUUUUCACUAACUGGAUGUUCAAUGGACAUGUCUAAGUUUCACGAUAAAAAAAAAAAAAGUUUUUAUUUUAGAGAAACUAAUUCUCCGUGGUUAAGUAUGGUGCAAACUCUGUACCCGAAGCAAUUUUAGACAAAGUCAUAAAAUGUAUCAUUAGUAUGUAUGAAAGACCUUUUACGUCACUACAAAAUUAGGCGCAUGAAAGGGUGUUCCGUGUCAAAAUCUGACAAGAGAUGUGACUGAUUUGAAGUAAGAGUGAUCGUGAUAAAUCUCUCCCUCCAAAAAUGUGGUGGUCUGUAAAUAAGGCAGAACUCGUGAGAUUCAGUAAUAAUAAUAAUAAUAAUUUUAUUUACGUUAAUUGUUCACAAUUGGACAACAAAAAAACUUGCUUAAAUUACAUAAGACGAAAUAAAAAUUCUAUCCUGUAAAUUAUUUUUGUAAUCCAAUAGGCAUAAAAUGAUAUGUCUCAAGUAAUCAGCUUCCGCACUCAAACUGUCACUCCAACAGCACGAUUUAUUUUUACAAAGUAGUUUCAAGUAUUCCUAACACUAGAAGUAUCUCCAACUCUGCACAUUACUCUACCAAAAUGCGCACGUAACACGGGAGAAAAGGGUACAACAAAUGUAACAUCAAAAUUUAUGAAACAGGGAGGUCUCAACGGAGAUGGGGUACUGAGUUACAAAAAGUUAACAACCAUCUUCAAGAAGGGUAGGGUCAUUUUACCCUGUCAUAUACAUAUGAUAUCAAGAGAAGCCAUUGCCAUAGAAAUUCCUAUUGUGCCCCAGAGAACAUAAAG